AUGGUGUUUAGAGAAAGUCAGCCGCUGACCAAAGUCCCUUACAUCCCAUCAAAGGAUUUCCAGCAGGCGCUAGUGACGUUUCGAAAUGACCUGGAUGCCCGAGAAGGUCCAAUCAGUUGCUGCUUCAUUGUCCUCAUGGCCCACGGCAGCCAUGGGUUAGUGAAGGGAGCUGAUGGAGAACAGGUGUCGCUGGAGGAGCUGUUCGCAGAGAUGACCAACGAGACCUGCCGAGCCCUGCGGGGCAAACCCAAAGUCUUCAUCAUCCAGGCCUGCCGAGGCGAGAAGGAAGACCCGGGCGUUCUUGAAACCGAUUCGAUGGGACCUGCUGCGGAUAACAAAGCUGACUUGAUUCCCACUCAUACCGACAGGCUGUUCAUGUAUGCGGCAGAAGAAG